AGGGAAUUUAACCAUAGGAGAGGGGCAGCCGGGAACAGCGCAGGACCCAGAAGGGCUGAGUCCCAUCAGGAUAUGCUCUAGACUCAGGGUGUAGCAUGAGGCUCUGGGCUGGAUCCCCUGCACCAAACAAAGAGAAGAACGAAAGAAAAGAGGACAAUCUCAAAGCCCUGGACAGAGCAUUGUGCACGUGUGCUGAGAAGGUAUUGCACGGCCUCAUAGAAGACAAGACAAGAGGAAUUCAGAAGACGUCUAUGAAGAGCCCAGGUCAAUGGACCAUGAAGACCUUCUUCUCUGUGAGUCCCGUAGUUCUCCUGGCCUUUCUCCUCAGUGUCCGCCCUGGAGCUGCCACACGUGGGGAUGACAUAACCAAGCUUUGCUGCGUCACCCACUCAGUGAUCCCGUAUAACUGGGUGAACUCCUAUGAGCUCGCCAAAAGCAGGUGUUCCCAUGAGGUUGUGAUAUUCACUACAAAAGGAGGUAGGAAAUUCUGUGUCCAGCCACAGGUCAAGUGGGUGCAGAGAUACAUUUCUAUGCUGAAAGCCCGGAAGAAUGCUGGAGUUGUAGCCCAAGGACCUCUGAACUGAGCUCUUGGCUCCUUUGUCCUCACGGAGCCUGAUGAGUUCCUUUAGAAGGCUCAUAGUCCUGGUAGAAGGAGAAUAUGGCUUCCAUUGGAGAUUUUUAAAAUAAAGUUUUGAUUUCACUAGUA